CCAGCACCAAGGAAACUCCCAUUCCGGUCGCUCCACCUCGAAGACAAACACAAUCCACACCGACAACGGCAAACACCACAGCAAUAGCUCUGCGACCAGGAAGCAACCAAGAUGCCUCCACGACACCAGACCCUCCCCCCAGCAGCCACCGCCGCCGCCCGCGAGGCCCUCCAGUCCUUCUACUGCCAGCUCUGCCAGAAGGGCUACAGCCGUCACAACGAAUAUGAGGCCCACCUCUCGUCCUACGACCACUCCCACAAGGUGCGCCUCAAGGAGAUGCGCGCCAUGACCCGCGACCCCGCCGCCGCCGCCCGCGCCCGCAAGGCCGAGGCCAGGGAGAACGGCGUCAUCAGCAUCCAGCUCGGCGGCGGCGGCGGCGGCGGCGCCGACAAGCCCCAGGCCUCUGGUGGAGGAGGAGGUGGCGGGUUCAAGAAGGGAGGGUUCAAGAAGUCCGGGUUUAAGAGCGCCUUUGCGCCGGCCGAGGGGGACGGUGAGGCCGGCAAGGUGAUCAAGGAGGAGGACGAGGUGAAGGAUGUCAAGAUCAAGAGCCUGGGGCUGCAGCGUGCUGGCGGAGGCGGCGAUGGGGAGAGUGAUACCGAGGACGAGGGGUACGAGAUGUACGACCCCAAUUUCCCGACCGACUGAGACGCCAAGGAUGGGCCGAACCGAACCGAACACUCCGACCUGCGGACCUGCUACUGGGCACACGGGUCUAGAACUGAUCUGCGGAAAGCAUCCGUGGGAGAAACGUCCUGUGGACGGCUCAGGGUGCCGGGCGAAGGGAGCAGGCAGCGCACCGCGAGGAGGAUACGAGGCCCGUCAGAGGCACAUCCCUCAGGUUCCACGGCUGAACAAGCGGCAAGUUUCGACCUGGAUGGGUCAAGGGAGGGAGAUGCCGUCACGGUGCUAUGGGCUCAGUCACAGAAGGCGGAUGAGCGAGAAGUCGGGACAGAUCAUCUCCAUCUGCACGAUACGUCGACACUAGGCACGCCACUGACAACACAAUGGACGGCGAGCCGCUUCAAUUCCUUGCAUUAUGCCUACGAAUUCGGCCAGACAUUUGGCUGGAACUGCGAAAGAUCCUCCUCCAGCAAGCCCAUCAUGUACCGAUUCCCCGAGAACCAGUCGCCAAGCUGGCUCGUCUGGUUCAUGGCCAGCGCGUGGUUCACCGGCGAUGCCCCAAACGGUGCCCCAGCGGUCACGGGCGAAGUCGGCAGCGCGCCACUCGCAGCCGCCGCCGCCGCCGCCGCGUGGGCCGCAGCGGCGGCAUGGGCCUGUUGGACCUGGGCCUGGUGGACAUGCGCCUGCGCCUGCGCGGCGGACAUGUCGCCGUCGACGGGCAUGAAGCCCAGCGCGGACAGGUAGACGUCGAACUCGUUGCCGAUCGGCGCCAUGUCGGUGUCCUGGGGCUCGGACGAGUUGGCCUUUGUCUUGGCCUCGACGUACAGCGUGGCCACGUUCUGCAGAACCGAGAAGAGGCGGUGCAGCUUGUCGACGCCCUCGGACACGGCGCACGUCGGCUGGAGCGACGCGAUGAAGUCGCGCAGGCGCUGCAGGUCUGCCAUGUUGGAUGUCUCUAUUAUGUGGCAGAAUAUGACGAUGAAGGGGACGAAUGGUGCGUAGAGGAUUGUCCUAGGCGGAGGGAGAAGAGAGUCAGCAAGCAGCAAGCAGCAAGCAAUAUAAAACCGGCCAGUCUCAAAUUUGAACGGGGGGUGUCUCUCUCACCAGUGUAUGUACGAAGCAGCCACCCACAGGUUGCUCCCCAUCAGCUUCAUGCACUCCUCGUGCGUCUGCAUGGCCAGCCUCGCCGUCUCGAUACACUCGGGCGUGAAGGUCGAGAACCCGUGCCCGCCCGCGCCGGCGGGGAUGGCGCGAUAGACGAGCGUCAGGCUGCUCAGGAACGAGACCUGGUCGCUCUUCAUGACCAUCUCCAUGACGGUGGCCUUGCGCGCGUCGGCCCAGCUCCCGCCGCCGCCGCCGCCGCCGCCGCCGC